UAAUUUAUUCACCUGUCAAUGACUGUUUGCGAUGUUAGAGAUAUCAUGACCUUGCAAAGGGUGUACGAAAAUGUCAAUAAAAGAAUUGUCUCAUUAUCUGCCGUAUGAGAAUUUCGGUAAUUAUAUUUUUCAUUAAAAAACUAAUUAAACUAUCUAGACACUACCGAAGGUUUCCCGUUUACUCCAUUUACCAUUGUUUACUAUAUAUACUGAGGCUGCUGGGGACACUGUAUCAGACUGUUCCUGUGAUCUGAGCAAGAACCCACUUACCAGUAUGAAUCCUCUCGUCUCCUUCGCCGUGUUGGCAACAAUCGCCACCGCAUCUGCCAUCACAGUUGGUGUUCCACCCAUGAUGAUGAACCCGAUGAUGAUGAUGAACCCCAUGAUGAACCAAAUGAUGAACCCGCACAUCAACCCAAUGAUGGCAGGCAGCAACCCAAUGUUAAUGCGGUAUGGUAUGACCAUGCCUCCAAUGAUCGGCGGAAUGGGUGGUCAGAUCGUCAACCCCAUGGCUCUUAGUCCCAUUGGACCAUCUGGUGUGGUUACCUCCAAUGGCGCUGUGGGACCAUCUGGAAUGGUGUCCGGCGGAGUUGUAGCUGGACCUAGUGGAGUUGUUACUGGACAUGGCGCUGUUGGACCUACGGGACCUAAUGGAAUGCACUCCAUGUGGCACUAAGGUUUGAAGUAUCCAAAUGUAUUUAUUGCCAUGUUACUUGUUUAUGGGAACCUGAUGUAAAUAAAAGACAUAUUUUUGAAAA